AUGGAAAAGAUCCGGCAGCAAGGUCCGUUUGACAUCUUUGGGAUACCCUUGGUGGUUCAACCUUUGCCGAAGAAGUUUGGUCCGGAUAUGGAACCUGAAGUCAUGGUUUCAGUUUGGCUGAGGCUAGUGGACUUGCCCCUGGAACUAUUGAACCUUACGGCGGUGAGUAAGAUCGCCUCAUGCAUUGGGACCCCGCUCUCUACUGAUUUAAGCACCUUGAGGCGCGAGACUUUGGAUGGCCCUCGCAUACAGGUCAUCAUCGACACAGCAAAACGAUCGAAGGAGUCCCUUUCGAUUCUGCUACCAAGCGGGGAGUUUUUGGAGCAGAAAAUUGAGUACGAGUUCAUUCCGAAAUUCUGCAAAGCAUGCAAAACUUACGGACAUUUUUCGGAUGAAUGUCGGGGCAGGCAGGAGGCAGGGGACCAGGCGCAAAGAUUCGAAUCUUUUCAACGACCGAGGAGCCGAGGAGGGCCACGGCAGCAACUGAAUAGGCCGCAGCACCCUGCUCAGCAGCCGAGGAUGAAUGCCCCAGUUAAUCAGAGCACGGGGCAGGUAGCCAGUUCAGGAGGCCGGGAGCGUUCCAGGUCCAGAUCGCGCCCCAAUAGCAGUGGAAGCCAACGGGUACCGUCAACCCGAUUGAUAUGA